AUGCAGCAGGGUAUUUUUAGAAAUCAACUAAUAAAUGAAUCAACUGAAGAUGAGCCUCCAAAAGAGGCUACAGCAAAGGAUCAGCCUACACAACAAGUGAAGGCUAUAGCAGAGGAUGAGCCUCCAGCAGAGGAAGAGCCUCCAAAAGAGGAUGAGCCUCCAGCAGCAGUUGAAGAAACACAUUCAUACAUAAUGCAAAACAAGGUCAUUGCUGCUAAAAAGGCCCCUGCUACAACUGUGGAUACUGCUGAAAAAGCCACUGCUGCUGAAAUGGCCCCAACUACAACUACUGAAAAGUCCUCUGCUGCAGAAAAAUCCCAUGCAGCAAGUUCUGCCAAUGCACAACAGAAGGCCCCUGCUGAAAUUAAAAAAAUCCUAUUAGGUGGUGAAGAAAUUGAGAUUGAGGAUGAAACAAAAGAAGAAUUGGAAAGACAAAGACAAGAAGAAUUGCAAAGGGAUGAGGAGUUGACAAGAAUAUUGAGAGGUAUAAAACCUGUUGAAGAGUUAAAUUUGUCUCAAAAGAGUGAAGAAUCUUCAAAAAAUUCAAAGCAACCAAGAAGGAAAAUGGUUGCAAGGAAAAAUCAAAAGAAAAAAGAAUUGGAAGAAAAUCAGAAAAAACAGGAAGAUGAACAAUCACCAGCAGAAGAACAAGAAGUAAAUCACGAGGUAAAUGUUAAGUUGCCUGGCAUAUCAGCUAUAGCAACAGCUGCUGCAGCAAUUGCUGAAAACUUACCAGCAGCAACAACACCCAAAAAACCUGGGCGUCCAAGGGCUGCAACUGCAGUUGCAGAGAAACCUGCUGAGAAAACAGGGCGUACAAGGGCUGCAGUUAUUGGGAAAGCAGGACAAAAAGAGGAUGAAGAACAAGAAGAAGUCCCUGCAACAAGUUCUGCUCCUGCAGAAAAGAAAAUUCUUAAAAAAGUAGAACAAAAAGACAGUGAGGAUCCAGCUUUUGAUGCUGAAAAAGAAGAAGAUGAAGAAAGUGAGGAGGUGGAAGUAGUUCAAGAAAAGAAAACAACAUUGAAAAAACCAAAAGCUGAAGAAAAAAGAAUGGUUCUGUAUGAGAGGGAACCAAUAAAAAAGAUUGUGAAGAGGAAAACUGAAUUUUCAGUGGCUAAAAAAAAGAAGAGGAGGAAGAAAAGAAUGAAGAGGAAGUUGGAAGUUUGA